AUGGCCUCCUACUAUCCUGAAGGCGAAUGCUUCUUUGUCCGAUCCUCCCUCAAGUACGGAGGUAACUGGUCUGCAGACAACGAGGAGCAGUUCUACAGCCAUGUUCUUCUAGAAUACCAGUGGAACGGCUGGAUUGGGAGCGGCCCUUCCUACUCGCCAUCGCACACACGAUCUACAGCCAAGGGCGGCUAUGCCAACUUGUACGGUACUAGGUUUGUCCAAUGGGAUAGGUUCUACGUUGGUGAAAGCAAGACCACAGAUCCAAACAGUAUGCUGGCCAUAACCAGCCAUCCCAACAGCUUGAACUGGAACGAGAUGCGAGACCGCGACAGAGGCGGACCACGAAAAUACAUUCUUCGUCCAGUCAAAAUUCGCAACAAGGACACCCAGUGGCUCUGGAUUGAUGCCACGAUCCCACUCCGAGCCAUCUACUUCCCGGUCUGCCAGCAGACCGACGAGGCUUACAAACAGUACUGCACGUACGUAGUCAUCGACUUCAAGGCACGCGAAAGCAUCAACUGCUUCAAUACCGUUGGGGAGCCUCGGACCUACCAGUCCACUCGCGAAUCUGGCCUUGGCCUUGACCAAGGUCUAACGUGGCUUUUCAAAGUCCCAGACCUUGUGACCUAUCUGACGAUCCCCCACAAGGUUCGGAAUCCUGAAUACGGAGUCUACAAUGCCAAGACGAAGACUGAUGCGCUGUUUCUUGUCGCAUGGUCGGGCUUCGACUGGAAGUCCAGCGACUACGUAGCGGCGGAAGGCUUUCACCGCGAGAUCGACCUCGCUAACGUCAUCAGCGCAACCUUCGGCGUUGAAGUCGGCUGGCGUCCCUACAAAUUUUCUUCUUUCAUCCUCGACCUGGUCACGCACGUGAUUCAACUUGGCCUGGGUUUCAUUCCCGGCGCUGGACCCCUCUUGUCCGUGGCCUUUGGCAUAGGUCUACAGCUCCUCAAUGAUCCCGACUCGUUCAAAGCAGACAAUGUCCUGGAUAUGAGUGCCGCCAUCUUGUCGACGUUGAUCUCCUCGGCUGGGAAGUCGAAGAAGUAUGUUGCUCCGGGCUUCCUUCCGAGCAUAUCCGGAUCUUCCGCAUCGAUGACUAUGGCGAGCAUGAGGAUGGCUCCCAGAGCCUUGAAAUCAGCCUCGGAGGCGGAAGACAUGAUUGCUGACGAGGUCGAAAUUAUCAACGGAGGUGAUGCCUCCGAGAAGAGGAAGGCCGACGAAGAAGAGAACGCUCGUCUUACGGCCAGGGUCCAGGAGCAGCGACAGGUACUUGAGUUGAAAUUGGAUGAAGCAUUCCGCAGAGCAGGUUAUUGA